UACGUAAAAUGACGCCGCUGCGUACGCAGCAGCGCGCGUGCGCAGUGGGGCUCCUGGAGGAGCGCGGGGCCUAGCGGAAGCCAGCAUGGCAGCGGAGCGCAAGACCAAGUUGUCCAAGAACCUGCUGCGCAUGAAGUUCAUGCAAAGGGGACUGGACUCGGAAACCAAGAAACAACUAGAAGAGGAAGAAAAGAAAAUCAUUAGUGAAGAGCACUGGUACUUGGAUUUGCCAGAGCUUAAGGAGAAGGAGAGUUUCAUAAUAGAAGAGCAGAGUUUCUUGUUAUGCGAAGAUCUUCUCUAUGGAAGAAUGUCAUUCAGAGGAUUUAAUCCUGAGGUUGAGAAAUUAAUGCUUCAGAUGAAUGCUAAGAACAAAGCAGAGGAAGUUGAAGAUGAAACAGUGGAGCUUGACGUGUCAGAUGAAGAAAUGGCUAGAAGAUAUGAGACCUUGGUGGGGACAAUUGGAAAAAAGUUUGCCAAGAAAAGAGACCGUGCCAAUUAUGAAGAAGAUGAAAAUGGAGACAUAAAACCAAUGAAAGCAAUGAAGAUGUUCUUAAAGCCCCAAGAUUAAAAUAGAUGAUGCCCUGAGAUACGGCUCAGGGGUGCCUUCCUUGUGGGAGUUAACGUAUUUUGGAACUCAUUCCAAUGGUUUUGCUAUAGUUGUUAAUACUGUAAUGUUUAUUUGUAAUGUUUAUUGUAAAGAAAUGUAUAAUUCUGGUAACAUGCUGUUUUUGAAACAGAUGUGCGAUGGAUGUUAUACAUCCUUUGCUUAGUGGUGUAUAAAAUUCAUCAAGAGUGGAUUUUCAGUCCUUGAUCUUCAAAUGUACAUAGGUACAUAGUUUCUUCCUAAAGAUUUUUUUGACCUCAGAUUGUUUUUUAAAUAUAUCUCUCUAUUGACUGAACUUGAAUUGACUCAUAAGUUAAAACCAGUAUUUAAAUUGUCCUUGAGUAUACAAUUUAUUAAUCACGUCAAACCAAUUUGCACAUACAUUUUGGAGUCAAAUAUUGUGACAGUUUAUUAUGUGUAAAUUCAUAAAGAACAAACAUACCUCUACAGUCUGAAAUAUUUGCAUGCUUCUAGGUCAUUGUCAGUUUGUGGAUUUCUUUUUUUUUUUUU